UAGUAGAUCGUAACCUACGAUGUCGUAAACAGAAUAGUACGCAUGCGCACUGUAGUUGUUUUGAUCUUCAAAAAGGAGGUUUUACAGCAAAAUCGUUAUCGUCUGUAAACAAUCCCAAUGGCGACAUCAAGAAAAAGGUCACAGAAUUGGACUGAAUUAGAGCGAAAUGCUUUAAUCGACAUGAUUAUGUCCGCGAAGACUACCCAGUCUGUAUCAUGGAAGGAAGCGGCUGAAAUUGUAAACAGUGUUGGUGGGCAUGGCCGGGAUGCUGGAGAAGUGAAGAAAAAAUGGAUCGACUUGAAGUCUGUAGUGAAAAAGAAGGUCAUGGGGCAGCUUCACGGCCACAAACAAACCGGAGGUGGCGAGCCCAUUGAGAUGAACAUUCAGGAUUGGGAGGAGAAGGUCCUUGCAACCAUACCAAAGGUGUCUGUUUCGGGGAUAGAAGGGGGGAUCGACACUAGUGAGGUCCCGGCAACUUCACUUGAAGUCAAGACAGGAGAGGUCUCAUCACGAGAAGGAACAGGGAGUGACAUCACACCAGGACCAUCCUCAACAGCCAAGAGAAAGUUGGAGGAGCCUGGGAAGAGCGGAGAAAAGAAAAAGAAAAUGGAGGAAGAGGAUUUAAGUCUGAGGAUGGUUCUUGCUCAGGAGCAAACAAACUCAAUAUUAAAAGAAAUAAGCAACAGCUUAAAAGAAAUUGUAAAUUUAAAAAGAGGCGAACAACAAUUUAGUGUUUUUGAACAACAACUUUUGUAUAUGAUGUCAUUGUAUGAAAAGUAA